GGCCUUCCUCCCCCAGCUCCAACCUCUCUCAUCUUGGGAAUCUGCGUCAGAAGUCACUCGCAGUCACGGCCAGCCCAGGAAGUAAAGCAGGCCACCAGCAAUUCGGAGAGUUUGCAAAAACAGCUUGCAAGGAAAAUGAAGCUCCCGAUUUUCAUAGCGGAUGCAUUCACAGCAAGAGCAUUUCGUGGGAAUCCUGCUGCUGUUUGCCUCAUAGAAAAUAAAUUGGAUGAAGACUUGCAUCAGCAAAUUGCAAGGGAAAUGAACCUCUCUGAAACUGCUUUUAUCAGAAAACUGCACCCAUCAGAUAACUUUACGGAAAGUUCCUGCUUCGGACUAAGGUGGUUUACGCCGGUGAGCGAAGUCCCACUCUGUGGCCACGCCACCCUGGCUUCUGCAGCUGUGCUGUUUCACAAAAUAAAAAACGUGAACAGCACUCUAACGUUUGUCACUCUGAGUGGGGAACUAAAGGCCAGAAGAGCAGAGGAUGAUAUUGUCUUGGACUUUCCUCUUUAUCCAGCCCACCCCCAGGACUUCCAUGAAGUAGAGGACUUGAUAAAGACUGCCAUAGGUGACACCCUGGUCCAGGACAUCCGCUAUUCUCCAGACACCCGAAAGCUCCUGGUCCGACUCAGUGAUACUUACGACAGGUCAUUUCUGGAGAACCUGAAAGUGAACACGGGGAAUCUGCUGCAAGUUGAAAACACAGGGAAGGUGAAAGGACUCAUUCUUACCCUGAAAGGACAGCCUGGUGGGCAGACCCAAGCAUUUGACUUUUACUCCAGAUAUUUUGCACCAUGGGUUGGUGUGGCUGAAGACCCUGUAACAGGGUCUGCGCACACUGUUCUCAGCAGCUACUGGUCCCAGGAGCUGGGGAAGAAAGAAAUGCGUGCCUUUCAGUGUUCCUGCCGAGGAGGAGAGCUGAAGGUUUCUCUGCGCCCAGGCGGCCGCGUGGACCUCAGGGGAGGUGCUGCUGUUGUUGUGGAGGGCACGCUGACAGCCUAGGGGUGCUUGUGCCGGGACGCUGUGUCUAGCCACCAAGCGUCUUCUGCAUAAAUGGACACGUAAGGGGCUGCCUUUGGCAAACUUGCAUAGUAGUCCACUUAAUCCUCGUG